UAAAAUAUAAUCAGUCACACACCUGAGCCGACCAUGUGGGAUAAGACAAUCUUCGAUUUUUAAUAAUGAAACUGAAAGUGAAUGAAGCUAAAUCACACACUUGUGUAUUAUUGUCCUGGCAACAGAACUAGAAAUAUUAUCCUUUGUUAGAGACAUUAGAAGAUUAUAAACUAUGUGGAAUUAAAACAACAUCCAAAUAUGAGACCGGUACGGCAGCUGAAAAUCAUAACAUCGCAGCUUGAACUGUUGGAAGACUUGCGAAUCCAGCUGGACAGUCUUCUAGUCUACAUCAACAAUGUUUUAAAAACAGGCGAGUCUUGGAUUGAGAAAAAAGAUGACACCCAAACUUUUCUGGAAGUCAACAUGUUGUUGGCCAAUGAAACAUCCAACUGUAUACAGAAGUGCCUGGACAUUGCACGUGAAAAUCAAGAACUGUUUCAGACAAGUUCAAGCACUGAACAAAAGUGGUUAGUCAGUAGACCUGAACAAUCUAUUUCUUCCGACGACAGUAUGUUACAAAGUUCGAUUGUCCAUAACGAUGAAAUUGAGAAAUCAAUAUCGUCCAUUAAAUCGAUUAGCAAAAGUAAUGAAGAGAAUUGUGCAACAUUAUUACGAUACUACGACACACUCAACAAUUUAACCAACGCGCAGUCUGAGAAAAUGCAAAUCAUGGAUCAGCAACUGAAGGAGCAGACGAAACAAUUCGAAGCGAUGCGCAGACAACAAGAUGAAACAGAGAAAAGUUACCGCCAAAAACUAGACGAAGUCAGAUCAGAUUUGAUCGCUGUAAGAGCAGCGCAGAGUUCGAAGAUAUCUUAUACACAAAGCGGAGCUUCCUCCAAAGCUAAGGAUACAGCUAAGCGGGGAAAUAUCUUAGAAGAUUUAGAUGAUGUUGAAUUUGAUGACCUCUUUCCUCCUGAAACACCUACAAGUGAGAAAAAAAAUGACUGCGAUGUAGGCGUAUUUGAAGGAAGACUUGCAUUACUUGAACGCAAUAGGUCUCCAGUUGCCGUCGAUGUUUCAGUGGACGAAUUGAUAGAGAGAAACAUUAAACAAGGAGAGAUACUGAAAUGUUUCAACUCCGUGCUCUUCAACAAAGGAAACAAUUAUAACCUCACGACCGGAAUAUUCACAGCGCCGUUUUCUGGUCUCUACAUGUGCAGUCUCUUUAUAGACAUAAACCAACUUCAGGACUUGCAGUUUUGUGUUUGUCGCAAAGCGGCGAAUGGCAGUGAAAGUGUGGUGGUCACUACCCAUGCCAACAAGAAAAAUUCAACGUUUUGCGACAUCGGUCUAGUUGAUUUGAAGCCCAGUGAUAAGCUGUACGUCAAAGCCAUGAGUGAUUGUGUAAGAAUACAAUUCAACUUCUAUUCUCAUUUCAUGUGUAUUCUAUUGAAUAAAUAUUAAUUCGUUGCUAUGUAAUUGGAAUCAAAUUGGAAUUACCUAUAACUGACAUCAUUUCUACUCUUUCAUUAUAUUAUAUAUAUAUAUAUAUAUAUAUAUAUAUAUAUAUAUAGAGAGAGAGAGAGAGAGAGAUAGAUAGAUAGAUAGAUAGAUAGAUAGAUAGAUAGAUAGAUAGAUAGAUAGAUAGAUAGAUAGAUAGAUAGAUAGAUAGAUAGAUAGAUAGAUAGAUAGAUAGAUAGAUAGAUAGAUAGAGAUGUAGGUCUACAUAAUAUUGUAUAUUUUUAAUUUUUAGUUAUCUUGAGUGUAUAGACUAUUUCAAGAAGAAAACAUCUGUUUGUUAAGUUAGGAUGCUUUAAAAAAAAACAUAGCUUAUCGACACGGGCUUUAGUUUUUAAUAUUUCCAGUACAUUGGCUUUGUUGAUAUUGCUGCUGUGUUUAGAGAUAGAGCUUUUGAUUAAGAUAGGCCGUGGUUUUCCUCUAAUACAUAUCCUACUUGCUCCUUUGAGUCUGGUGCCCUGCUCAUUGUAGGCCUUUAUGUCAUCAGCAAAUUUUUAACGCACAUUGAAGUUGUUAUAGAUUGUAAACCCCAAAUAACUUGUCAUAACUAAAUACCUAAUAUAAUUAAAAUGUGUGUGCUUUUUUUU